UACAUUCCAGUUUCAUAUUGUUUUCUGAUGACUUGGUAAACAUCUUCUUAUUUCCAAACCUUUUCUCCAACUUCACUCGUCACCGUUUCUCAUUUCACCAAUUCACCCUCAGGACUGAAAGAAGAGAUACAGAGCCCACCAAUUCACCAAAGAGGCAGAAGAUAUAGAGAGCCCGAAAUCAUUUGAAGCAAACUUCUUUUGUCUGCUACCAGCUGCAGAUUAAUCACAUCAAAGGACAACUUAUUGCUCCCUGGUUAAUUCGUCUAUUCCCACCAUCAAAAGGGUGCAGUGCAGUGAUUAGCCACACUUUUGAUUCCUGGUCCACGUAUUGCUCAGUUUCCACUAUCUUCUUUCAGAGUACAUUCUAAUUUCUGUAUGUUGUGUGGGACAACAACGAACUUUGAGCACAGAGUCUACACCAAAAGGAGUCGACAGACUCUAUCCCAAUCCUUUUCUCCAACUUCACUCGGCACCAUUUCUCAUUUCGCUACACCAUUCAACAAAGGAGCAGAUGAGAUAGAGAAGCUUUCAUCAACUUCUGGACUGACUUGUGAGCCCGAAAUCAUUCGAAGCAAAACUUGUUUUGUCUGCUACCGCUGCAAGCAUUUUGCUUUCCCGACCUGUGCCUAGGAGAUAUGGCUGACGUUGCUUUAGCUAUGGGAAGCUCUGUCCUCUCGGCUUUCCUUCAAGUUGUAUUUGAUAGGAUGGCUACAAAAGAGUUUUUGAAUCUAUUUCGGGGAAGAGAGAAUGACGGAGAACUCCUCGAGAAACUCAAACUGAACUUACAAAUAGUUGGAGAUGUGCUUGAUGAUGCAGAGAACAAGCAAACAAGCAGCCUAGCUGUCAAAGGAUGGCUAAAUAAGCUUCAUGACACUAUCUACGAGGCAGAUGACUUGCUUGAUGAGAUCAACACUGAGGCACUACGACUGAAGGUUGAAGCUAAAUGCCAUAACUCGACCAGUCAGGUAAGUGCUUUGAAUUACAGCUCAUCUUUCAGUAAUGAUUUCCUUGGGAAGAUGAUGCCACAGAUAGAAAAAAUGGUUGCUAGAUUGGAUUGGUUCAUACAACAAAUUAACCCUAUGGGUUUGCGAGUUAUUGAACCAAAAAGGCAAUCCUGUCGAACUCCUUCAACUUCUUUGGUUGAUGAGGCCACAGUGUAUGGUAGAGAUGCUGAUAAGGAGAAGAUAAUUAAAAUGUUGCUAUCUGAGAGUGCAAAUGGAGUCAAUUUCACUGUGAUUUCUGUAGUGGGACUUGGGGGAAUUGGUAAGACCACUCUUGCUCAAUUGAUUUACAAAGAUAACAGGGUGCAAAAUCACUUUCCUACAAAAGCAUGGGUUUGCAUAUCAGAAGAUUAUGAUGCUGCCAGGAUAACGAAAGAACUUCUUGGGGAGCUCGGUAUUCCAUUUUCUGAUAUGGGCGAGAAUUUGAAUUCCCUUCAAAUGAAGUUACAAUUGGGGCUAACUCAGAAAAAGUUUCUUCUCGUUUUAGAUGAUUUUUGGAAUCGGGACUACAGUGACUGGGAUAGAUUCAAGGUGCUAUUCACAGGUGCAAUGCAAGGAAGUAAGAUCAUUGUAACUACACGUGAUGAGAAAAUUGCAUUAAUGAUGUGUAAAAAAGAGUCAAUUUAUUCCUUGGAUUUGAUAGCAGAGGAAGAUUGCUGCUCCUUAUUUGAAAAGCAUGCCUUUGAAAAUAUAGAUGGAGAUCAAAGACUAGAACUUGAAGAUAUAGGAAAGAAAAUUGUGAAGAAGUGUGCAAGGUUGCCUUUGGCUGUGAAAACAGUUGCAGGUCUCUUGCGUUCAAAAACAACGGCUGAAGAGUGGGAAGAUAUUUUAGUAAGUGAAGUAUGGACUCAAACAGACAAUGAAGAUGACAUCUUGCCAGCGUUGAGAUUGAGCUACAGUCAUCUUCCAUCUCGUCUUAAGAGGUGCUUUGCAUGUUGUGCUGUAUUUCAUAAGGAUUUCCAGUUUAAAAAAGAGGAAAUAAUUCAUUUAUGGCAAGCUAAUGAUCUUUUGGAGCCUCCAGGAGAAAACAGGGGAAUUGAACAAAUCGGUGAAGAGUACUUACGUGAGUUGAGGUUGAGGUCCUUACUUGAGCAGUCAACUAACGGUUUGUUUUCGAUGCACGACCUUGUCAAUGACUUGGCCAUAGCUGUUUCUAGAAGGUACUGUUACAGGCUGGAAGAUAAUGACCCGGAACAUGGUAAAAUAGGCAGCAUAAGUUACUUUUCAUACCAUCCUAGUAGUUUUCAUGACACAUUUCAUAAAUUUGAACUCUUGAGGGAGACCAAGAACUUGAGAACAUUUUUACCAUUAAGUAAACGACGUGGCGGAAAAGGAUUGAGCCACAAAUUUUUGCAUGAAAUGUUGCCCAAAUUCAGGUCCUUAAGGUUUCUGUCGUUGUUGUUCUAUAAAAUCCAUAAGUUGCCCGACUCAAUUAGUGAUUUGAAACACCUUCGUUUGCUGAAUCUCUCUUCUACUCCUUUGGAAACCCUACCAGAGUGUAUCUGCGCCUUAUAUAACCUCCAAACAUUGUUGUUGUCAGAUUGUGAGAAACUGGAAGAGUUGCCGGUAAGUUUGGCGAAGUUAAUUAACUUGUCUUACCUGGAUAUUAGUGGAACUCCGUUGAAAAAAAUGCCACUGUAUAUGAGUAGACUGAGAAACCUUCGAGUUUUGACUAAUUUUAUAGUAGGCAAGGACAGCGGUUCAAUGAUUGAGGAGUUGGGCAAAUUUCCUAAGCUUCGUGGUAGGCUCUUCAUUUCAAAGCUGGAAAAUGUUUGUAGUGGUAGGGAUGCAUCGAUGGCGAAUCUAAAGGGCAAGAAACACCUUGACGAGUUAACUUUGGAGUGGAAUGGUGCUAUCAAUGAUUCGCAAGCUGUGAGAGAUGUGCUUGAUAAUUUACAACCUCAUUCAAGCAUAAAGCAUCUCAAGAUCAUAGGGUAUGGCGGGACAACAUUUCCAGAUUGGCUAGGCAACUCUUCGUUAAGCCAUUUGGAAUCGUUGAGUCUUUCUAAUUGUGAAAAUUGUUUUUCCUUGCCUGCACUUGGGCAGCUAGAGUCCUUGCAAUCACUUGAAAUUUUUGGGAUGGAUCAUAUAUCAGAUUUGGCGGAGGAUUUUUAUGGAGACAUCAGUGCAACCAAACCAUUCCCAUCUCUGAAAAAGUUGAGAAUCGAGAAGUUGCCAGAGUGGGAGAGAUGGUACAUACCAGAAGGUGAAGUCUUCAAUAGACUCAAAAAACUCAGUAUAAUUGACUGUCCCAAACUAAUUGGAGAGCUUCCCCAACAACUUGCAUCGCUGCAAAGCCUUGAGAUAUCUGGGUGCGACAAUCUUGUGUGUCCCAGUGGUCGAUUGAGCAUCUUCAAUGAAGAGAUUCGACAAAAGUUUUCAUCUCUCCGUGAAUUGAAGAUUUCAGCGCUAAAAAAUUUGACGGAGUUGCCCCUACAGCUCAACCAAUUAUUCCGACUUACGGUUGAUGAUUGUGGGUCUCUCUUACCCUCGCACGUGAGUAGACUGCCUGCUUCACUUUAUUCACUUGAGUACAAGGGAUGCUGCAAUUUGGAAUUGGAGAGUUCAAGCGGGGAGGAUGGUGGCGCCUUGGAGCGCUUGAUAUUAGAAAAUUGUGACACUGUCAAAGUCAAAGUCGAGUGGCUUGCCUCGUUUCCCAUGCUAAAACGUGUUCAAUUUUAUAAAUGCAAGAGUGUUGAGAUGCUCUCAGUUCCUGCUGCACCUGCACCUGGGAUUGGGAAUCAGAGUGGCAUGACAACAACUACUACAACUAGUAGUACUAGCAGUGUGAUGGCGUCACUUCAACACUUACACAUCUCGGGCUGCGAUGAUCUUAUGUCUUUUCGAGCCCCCAGUCUAACGGAGCUUUAUAUCCUGGAUUGCGAGAAGCUCACGUCACUGCCGCAACGGAUGGAAUCCCUCCUCCCAUCUCUUCGAUAUCUGUAUUUAGGCAAUUGUCCAGAAAUUGAGUGCUUCCCGGAAGGGGGUUUGCCCUCCACCCUACAAGCCCUUAAAAUCUUCGGUUGCAAGAAGCUCGUGAGUCGCAGGAGAGAGUGGGGUUUGGAGAAACUCCCCUCUCUCACGGAAUCGGUCAUUAGCGGUCCCUGUGAUGAAGUAGAGUCGUUUCCAGAGGAGGACUGGCUGUUGCCUUGCACGCUUCAAUAUCUCCACUUGAACUACCUUCAGAAUCUGAAAGUGCUAAACUAUUCGGCUCUUCGACACCUCACCUCUCUUCAAAAUCUAGGCUUCAAUGAUUGCCCACGACUCCAGUCCCUACCAGAAGAGGGACUGCCGGCCUCCCUCACUGAACUACGUUUCUCCAAAUGCCCGCUGCUGAAACCAAGGUUAGAAUGGGAGAAAGGACAAGACUGGCCCAAGGUUGCCCACAUCCCCUGCGUAAAAGUCGAUGGGCAGCUAAUUCCUUGACGAUGACGCUGGUUACUGUGCGAAUUGCCUGUUGUGUAUAACUAGGAUGUGUUGAAUGUUGUGUACAACUAGGAUGUGUUGAAAGGACAGUUGAGAUUCCAAUCAAGUAGGCCACCAACUCAGGCAGACAAAUGCUUUCCUCGGUAACUGUGCAACUGCUGAUGAAGAAAAAAAACCUUCAAUUUUCUAUAAGGAAUUGCUCUCUUCCAGUCCUCGAAGGUUGCUUUCAUCUUUAGCCAUUGAAGAUUGGGGCUAGUGACCUCCCUUUUUAUGCUAGAGACCAAGAACUAACUAAUUGCUGACAUUAUGUUUGGAGUAGAGAAGAAGAAGAUUGGCGCAAGGUAACCUCUACAUAUCUUUUAGCUUCCUCGAUUUUCCAUGCAGCAAAUAGACCACUCUGGAAACCAUCAACCUGAACAUCACAAGCUGAAAUCUGUCAUGCGUGCAUGUUUAUUGGGGCUCAACCACACGCUCUUAUCAUUCCUCACGUUAAGGCUUGGAUUCCAGAUCCAGAAUUGUCAUGGCCCCUUCUAAAUAUAGUCUAGACUUGGGUGCUUUAUGUUGGUUGGGGAUGCUAAGCACCAGUUUAGAAUUUAGAGUAGAGGGAAUAUCAAAGGCACCAUUGCUAUCUAGACAUUAUUUGUUUUCUGAUUCUAAAUAGAUGAAGAUUUCAGUAAAUUGAUUUUCAGAUUGCAAGAUGGGGUAACAAGAAAGAAAAAAAAGGAUCAAAUGGCAGGAAUGCAUAUUUGUGUUUCUUGAUCUCAGUCUUAUCUACUCCUUGUGUUUGUCGGAGUACUAUGUAAGUUUUGAGCGACACAUGAUCCUUCUGCACAAAGAGGGUAUGAACUUUAGAUGAGUACCUUUCUUCUUUUGCCACUAAUCAGCAAUCAUUCUUAUGAUAGUUUCUUGAGAAUGCUAAAACAAUUAAACUUCAGUUGACUUACUUUAGCCCUUGGUAAUUAGAAAAAGAAAGUAAGUAAUGCAUACCAAAAUCUAAUUUUUCUGGAUGUAGAAAGACCUAGUUGAAGUGGGUUCUUGGAUGCCUUUUUCCUUCAUAAGCCUUUUCCUGCAUGAGAACAAAUGACUACACUCUGCCUCUGUGGUUUGCAUUUGCAUUUUCUUUUUUCUUACCAUUUCUGGUAUAGCUUGUUUAAUAAUUUAUAUGCUGCAUGAUCGAUCUUUAGUCCUCUGCUCCACCUUACUGAUGUUUUCAUAUAUACCAUAUCCAACAAGAUAUUCUAGGUAUGUUGUACUUUGUGCUGGUUGUAAAUAUUUGCAUGCCACCUUAUAGAGCUUGAUAAAUUGAAAAAAUUUUCUGUAUUCAAGCACUCUUCUUGAAUAAAGGAUUGGUACUCAAAGAUGAAUUUUUUUGACUGAUGUCAUAGCAAUCCUUAUUGAGUUCUGCAUUAAUCUUAUGUCUUUUGCAGAGGGAGGAUUUCCAGCCCCCUAUCUAUAGUAGAUUACUCUCAUCAAGUGCCUCCUGCCAAAAAGGAUAAAUCCCUCCUCCCACCUCUUUGAUAUCUGAAACUAGACAAAUAGUGCUUCCUAGAAGGUCGUUUGCCUUCUAGCCUACAUUAUCUUGAGAUCACCUAUUGCAAAGAGCUCAUGAGUUACCGGAGGGAGUGGGGUUUGGAGAAGUUGCCUCUCACACACUUGAGCAUUGGUGGUAGCUUUGUAGAGUUGUGCAGGAGGACUGUCGCCUUGCUUGAAUCUCUUGGAUUAUGGAUCCUUAAGAAUCUGAACAUGCUAAACUAUUCAGGUCUUUGACACCUUACUAUUUUCUUUAAAAGCUAACAAUCAUGACCUGUACUCCACUCCAAUCCCUACUAGAAGAGGGACUUCCAACCUCCCUGGAAAUCUUUGACUGCCCAUUGCUGAAACCAAAGUUGGAAUGGGAGAAAUGAUAAGACUGGCCCGAGAUUAGAGACAUCCCUACACAGUAGUUGAUCAAGAAUUAAUCCCUUCACAAAAACGCUAGAAGUGUGAGGGAUCCCACAGUUACUAGACCUCCAUCAUCUCUUUGGAUUAAGGAUUGCACUCUCCCAUCUAGGGAAUACAGCUCGUUAUUGCUUUCAGCUUCAGCCAUUGCCAGAAGAGGGUCUACCUACCUGCUUUUUAUGGCAGAAAUAAAAAACUGCCCACAUUGAUGACACUACAGGGUAGAAGAUGAUUGGUGCAAUAUAGCUGACAAUUCAUGGAUGCCAAUGAUGUAUUUAUUCUGUGAUCAGUUAUGCACUCACAAUUUCUCUGAAGGUUUUAUAGAUGUUGACAGUUGUUUCAUAUCCAGAUUUGGCUAGCUUCUUUUGACCUUAAGUUGAGAGGAUACUUGAAGUACAUAUUGCAAGGGAUUCAAUUUGCUGCUUGGAAAGAUGCAAUCCCUUCUCGUGCAUUAAUGUUCAAAAGUGUGGCAGCAUCCUGUAGCUGAGAGCUUUUGUAGCUCAGUGUUGCCUCCAGACUACAAACAUAUCCUUUUGAUGGUGGAUAUCCUGAAUUUCCCCUCUCGUUGGGAAUGCAAGAUUAGUGGCACCGUGGAAGAAGAGUCACUUUCAAAAUAUUGGCUGCUGUCUUGCACACUGCACAGGUACAAUCUUUCACUUGGAGCAGCACAAGAGCUGAAGAACAACGACCUACAAGCAUCAUCAACACUACACAGAUCUUGAAGAGAUGGAAAUAGCUGACUGCUCUCAGCACUAGUUGCUACAAAAAGAGUGGUUGGCAACUUCCAUUCUUCCAUUAUGCAUGUAAAAUGUGGUAUUCAUUGCUCAAAUCACUAUGUAAGGGCAGAAUGGGAGGGGGAAGACUGGCCCCAAGGUUUCUAAUGUAAACUUCAUAGCUUUAGAUAGUGAACUAAUUCGACAUAGAAUCUUGCUUAUCACUUGAUCGACCCUGAGGGUCUAAAGGUACCUUCCUCUGUCAGAUUCAUUUUCUUGGAACGCUCUAAUGCCUAAAAUCACAGGAGUGUCAUUUCCUGUGCAUAUGAUCCCAGCUUCCUGCUGAAAA